GGCGCUCCACUCCCGCCUCCUCCUCUGGGCCGGGCUAUGACAGUCGGCCUCGCUCCCCCUCGCCACCCCCCGCUGCCGCGCGCCAGGCCCGCCCAUACCCUGAGCAGCCCGGCUUGCCCGCCCGACUGAUUCACGUGGCUCUUGGGGUGGAGCGGCCGUCGAAGCGGAGACGGAGGGAGCGGAAAACAAAAGGCAAAGCGGCACAAGCGGCGGCGGCGGCGGCCCAGCCCGGCAGGAGCAGUACCUAAUUGCUGCAAGAUAUACUCCAUUCCAGCUAUCAAGGAAAGUGUGUGAAUGAACAAAUUGGGGAAUGGCGGUCAACGUGUAUUCUACCUCUAUAACCCAAGAAACUAUGAGCAGACAUGACAUCAUUGCAUGGGUGAAUGAUAUAGUAGCUUUAAACUACACAAAAGUUGAACAACUAUGUUCAGGGGCAGCUUAUUGCCAGUUCAUGGAUAUGUUGUUCCCAGGGUGCAUUAGCUUGAAGAAAGUAAAAUUCCAAGCAAAGCUGGAGCAUGAAUACAUUCAUAACUUCAAACUUCUGCAAGCAUCUUUUAAAAGAAUGAAUGUGGAUAAGGUUAUUCCAGUGGAGAAAUUGGUAAAGGGGCGCUUCCAAGACAAUUUGGAUUUCAUUCAGUGGUUUAAAAAGUUCUUUGAUGCUAACUAUGAUGGGAAAGAGUAUGAUCCUGUGGAGGCCCGGCAAGGCCAAGAUGCUAUUCCACCACCCGAUCCUGGUGAACAAAUCUUUAAUUUGCCAAAAAAAUCCCAUCAUGCAAACUCUCCAACAGCAGGUGCUGCCAAAUCAAGUCCAGCUUCAAAACCAGGAUCGACGCCAUCUCGUCCAUCAUCAGCAAAAAGGACACCACCGGGUAGCUCAGCCUCCAAAUCUGAUAAAGAUUUAGAAACACAAGUUAUACAUCUCAGUGAACAGGUACAUUCAUUAAAACUUGCACUUGAAGGUGUGGAGAAGGAAAGGGAUUUCUAUUUUGGCAAAUUAAGGGAGAUUGAGCUUCUCUGUCAAGAACAUGGGCGGGAAAAUAAUGACCUUAUCCAGCGGCUAAUGGAAGUUCUCUAUGCUUCAGAAGAACAUGAAAGCCACACAGAAGAUCAUGAAGGUGAGGAACAGGUUCUUGAACAGCCCCAACAACAGGAAGAGUACUGACCACCUGGCACAUUUGAUAAUUUCCAUUUUGUGUGGGAACUUUCUUCUGAAGAAUAAAACGUGUGUGGCCUCAGACUUGAAACCAACCACUCUCAGUCUGCAAUUAACAUAAAUGUUCCAUAGUUGAGUGUCAGCCAGUUGCUGCAUUCUGUGCCCAUCCUUUGCCAAGAUGUGUUUGCAGAAGUCUUCUGUCGGCGUGUGCACCUGAGAAGGUCUCCAGGCUGUGAUCCCAGUUUCUACCACUGCAACUUCACUAUUGGGCUGCUUGAGAUUUGUUCAGCUUUUUAAAAAUAUAUAUAAAUAUAUAAUAUAUAUUUAUUUUUUCCUUUUGUCUUAAGUAUGAUACAUUUGUAAUUUGUUCAAAACUAUUUAUAUGGGCAUCUCUUAUGGCAAAAAAAAGUACUGUUCUGUUCAGUUUCCUCACAUAUUGAGGUUUUUUUGGUCUGCCUUGUGCAUAAAUUUAGUCAGACAGUGUGGAGGAGAGGAAACAAUUAAAAUCACACUCAAAUUAUACCUGCUCCCAUAAUUUGUCACAACACAAGAAAGCAACUUUUUUUCUAUCUUAAAAAACAACAACUUUAAUCCUCCUGAUGUUUACACCAAAGCAUGUUAGAAAGCUGCACAGUAUAUCUUCAUUUGUGGAAGAUAGAUGCCUGCUCAACUAUUAGAUUGAAAGUUUUAAAACACUUCCCUGCUAUUAGAAAUGUAUUUCUUCCUAUUUUGCUUUCCUGUUUGGUAUCUGUUGGUUCAAGCAGUCUUGACCACUGUAUCUCUGCCUGCAGAUGUCACUGAGGCUCCCGCAGCUUCCACAGCUAGAAAUGGGGAUAAUGCAGAGCAACUGCUUUCUCCUCUGCCCCCACCCACCCACCCCCUGCCUCCAGCAUAAUGUGGAGGAUGAACAUGUUCGUGAUGAUAGACUUGGAUAUACCAAACCAGUUACAAGCACAAUCACACCUGAUUUUCUUUUGAAGUCUUUUUAGAGUCACCUUUGAAACAUAAUGUUCAAUGAGCAUCUGUUCUCCACACAGUUGCUUCAUGUCAGUUUUCAGGCAUAUGUUUUGGAGAUGUGUUAUCUGGGACAAGAUAUGAGAAUUAAUUAUUAUGUGGUCUGGCUGUGACUACUGGAUGGAUUGAGAGUGCAGAAUAUUGGCUUGCAGAAAUGUUCAUUGCCUUGUGUUUCAAUAUUACCAUUCUUGUUAAUCUUGCACUUGGAUGAUGGCAUUUGAUAAAUAGAAAUAUAGCAAAUCAUGUAUUAAAACAUUCCUUAUUUCUUAAACUUAAGUUGCACAUUUUCUUAGUCUAGUUAUAGUUUUUGUUUUUCCUUUUUAAAAUUAACCUGGUUUUCUUGGUUUAUUAUUUCAUUUCUUAACUCAAAUUGAACUGGUUGUUUGGUGUGAUAGGUAUAACAGCAAAAAAAUCCUAGCAGAGUAUCAUCCUAAAUAAUGCCCUGUGUAUGCCUCUAUGUUAAAAAUCAGUGGUGUUGCUAUACUCAAAGGGUGAUUAUCUACAUACAGGCAUAGUUAAAAGGAGCUGUUGCUUAAUUUCAGAAUGUUUUUAUUUUCAGAGAAAUUAUGCAGUAAAGUAUUUAGUCAGUGCUCAGGCAGCAUAUACAAUGCUUUUGAACAUUUGAACAAAUAUUUGCAUUUCCUCGGUAACCCCCUUCAUUCAGCAAAACUGUAGCUGAUAUGUACAGAAUAACUUACACAUUUUGUCACCCUGUGAAAAUCUAUGUGUUCCCUGACUAGCCUUUUCCUAUAUUACUGUUAGUGAUUUGAUUUCACUUGAACAUUUUAUUCAUAUAGCCAUUUAAGAAAGGAAAUGCUUUUAGGAGGAUGUAGAACACUGUCCUAAUCCUGCAGAGGAAUCAGCCAUACAUAUUCUUCUUUUUAAAUGUCCGUGGUCAUUAUACAACUAGUUCCACUAUCUGCUAAAUGCCUGUUGUGAUCAAAUGAAAUUUUGGACACAUGCUAGAUUUCUGGACCAGCUCUUCGGCGACUUCUCAUCACCACCAAGGCAGUUGUAACCUCCUUUCUUUUAAUUUUUGAGCAAAUUUUCAGAUAUCUUCCUUUUGAGAUGCUUUCAGAGUUUUUCUGGGUUUUGUUCUUCGUAAAUAGAUGCCAUCAAAGUCUCUUUACCUUCCAGUCCUGUCAGAAUUUGUGUGGGUUAAGGAAGGGAUGUUUACCUAGUUUUCUUCAGUUCUUUUUGUAUAAUUGAUCUAUGAAGCAAUUUUCCUACCCUUUUUUUAAAGACAGGAAGUGGCUGACCUAGGGGGCAGGAGUAUAAUAGUAGUAUAUUAGAUCCUGAUCUGCUCAGUUGUGCUGAGGGGAGUGAGAGACUCUGGGAAGAGACAGAGGACACUCCCUCUGUGGUGAGUAACCCUGUUAUUCCUUUACAGUUUUAAUAUGCAUUUGUAAUUACUUUUACUAAAUAGCACACCAUAAAACUUUGGUUAUAUAUUAAAUGUAAACGGAAAGGAAUGUAAACAUAUGUAUUGUUAAUUAUAAAUAGAUAAGUAAUGACAUAAUAGAUGCAAAAAGUCUUAUUCUGAUGUAUCAGUCAUUUUGCGUUACCCACAAAUUGUCGCAUGAUAGAGUAGAUUUUUGGGGGGUCCUGAAUAUGUGAAUAAUUUGACUUGCGUUGAUCUUUUUACAUAUUUAAUAAAAAAAGUAUAUGUUACAAUCUGUCUAGCUCAAUAGACCUUCAUGAGGUUAUAUAUAAUGGAUUUUCUGAUUAUUUCUCUCUUU